AUCCCCGCCAGCCGUGCCUCACAGGGUCGUCGUAUUCAGCCCGUUGCUCGAUCCAAUCGACUUUACACAGACAAUGCUCCCAAAGACUGUAUGAUAAUUCCCGGUGGCCGAAAGAGGAGGCACAUUGGGGCCCGUACAGAAGAGGAACGAGAACGGGAGGGCGAGAGCUUCCUACCGCCCCUCUGGCAGAGGUACCAAGUGCGUGGCGUAUCUGCAACGCGAGCAAAGUACUAGUUUUCAGCAAGCGAGCGAGACUGAGAGCCUCCCCGAGGCACUUGGAGCACGGGAGGAAGAGGAACAGCGGCCAGCAUGGAUAAGGACAGCACAAACCUGGCUGACCAGCAGUAUGAAUGUGUGGCUGAGAUUGGGGAAGGAGCCUACGGGAAGGUGUUCAAAGCCCGAGACUUGAAGAACGGAGGUCGCUUUGUUGCGCUGAAGCGGGUACGGGUGCAGACCAGCGAGGAGGGGAUGCCGCUGUCCACAAUCCGAGAGGUGGCAGUUUUGAGGCACCUGGAGACAUUCGAGCACCCCAACGUGGUCAGACUGUUUGAUGUGUGCACCGUGUCACGAACAGACAGAGAGACCAAGUUAACAUUAGUGUUUGAACACGUGGAUCAAGACUUGACUACUUACUUGGAUAAAGUUCCAGAGCCUGGAGUGCCUACUGAAACUAUAAAGGAUAUGAUGCUUCAGCUGUUUCGGGGACUGGAUUUUCUGCAUUCACAUCGUGUGGUGCAUCGCGACCUGAAACCCCAAAAUAUCCUUGUAACCAGCAGCGGGCAGAUAAAGUUAGCCGACUUUGGCCUUGCACGAAUCUACAGUUUUCAGAUGGCUCUUACCUCAGUGGUUGUUACUUUGUGGUAUAGAGCUCCUGAAGUUUUGCUUCAGUCCAGCUAUGCAACACCAGUGGAUCUUUGGAGUGUUGGCUGCAUAUUUGCAGAAAUGUUCCGUCGAAAACCACUCUUCCGUGGAAAUUCAGAUGUUGAUCAGCUAGGAAAAAUCUUUGAUGUAAUUGGACUACCAGAAGAAGAGGACUGGCCUAAUGACGUUGCUCUUCCAAGAAAUGCUUUCACUUCCAGACCUGCACAACCUAUUGAAAAAUUUGUACCAGAUAUUGAUGAUCUGGGCAAAGACUUGCUUCUAAAAUGCUUAGCCUUCAAUCCAGCCAAGAGAAUAUCUGCCUAUGUUGCCCUCUCUCACCCAUAUUUCCAUGAUCUGGAGAAAUGCAAGGAGAAUCUGGACUCUCACAUGUCAUCCAGCCAAAACUCCAGUGAGGUGAAUGCAUCAUAAUGCUGACUGAAGAUGAAUCAUAAAUGAACAAGAUGUGUAGCUGACAAGGCCACUGUCCUGUACAAACCACAUAGCUGUUCUAGUGAAGAUCAUUAUUUGGAGGUUUUAUGCACUUAUCUUUUAUUUUGGGAUUGUGAUGUGCUUAUCCAAGAAAAUCAGUCUAGUUUACUUUCAUCAGAGCAACACAAGGGCCAGGGCUUUGACCUGCUCCCAUUGCAGCUUUAUGUUUGUUCUGGUUUUGUUUUGUUUAUCUACCUGGGAAAACUCCAGACGAAGAGAAGCUGCUGACCGGUUUUGCUGCCAUUUUGUCCUUUUUAUACUGAAUGCUGCCAGUGUGGAGUAGGAUGAUCGAGUCACUGCCAAAACAUGAUGCAAUCUCUCUUUCUAGCUGCUGAAGCAUGAUUUGGUACUUUUAUUAUUAUUAUUAUUAUGUGGUCUCUUACAGUAAUAUUUAAAGAAUGGCAUUGAAAUAUCAGAUCUCUGCAACCUGCAGUUAACUGAUACGUGCAUUAAUACAUCCAGCUACUGUUCAUUCAUAGCAUAUAUGCAGGUGCUUCCCCACUUGAAAACUUGGAUAGAUUAUUUUAUCAUUUAAUCGCUCUAUAAAAAUAACAGUGACAAUGGUGAGCAUAAUAAAUAUCUCAACUUUUAGGUUUUUCAUACACAAACGAGUUAUUACCCAGCUACGUUUGUGUGCAUGUUGCAAAAAAACCCAAGUGUUUUAAAAAUCUGCUAGGGUCACGUUCUUAAAGACUCUUUUGGUUUCCAAAUGGUCGGUUUGUGUUGAAAUCCAGGCACAUUCUAGCCCAUCAUCUAACCUAUCGUUCCCCCCUGGAAACAGUGGCAAGCACAUUUUCUUUAUCUCAUUCCAGAUUUUCUGAUAUGCAGCUCAAAGACAUGAGCAGAGCCAAUGAAAAUCAAUACAGAUUUUCACCUUCAACCUGUUCUGAUCAUCAGCCAAAAAGGAAAAUAGAAAAAAUAUUUCCAAUUCAGAAGCAGAGAAUCCUAUAGCUGUAAUAAGCACAGAUAAGUAUUUGUGCUGAAUUGUAUGCUGUAUACUGCGCUGCCUUACCUGGAACACUCCCCCAUGCAUCACAAGUGCAUGAACGUUACUGUCUCAAAAUCCCUUACACAUCAUUUAUUAAGCAGACUUGUUUUCUAUGCAGAAAUGCAUGAGCUUCUCUCCUAAACCACCAUGUGGGUAUACUGGUACAUGCUUCUCCACAAGGGUUAAUGUGCCAUUAUUGAAUGUCAAAAUAACUAAGUAAUUCACAUGCCUUUAUAGCACAGUU